AUGUCAAAGGGACGUGUCUGCCUUGCCUACUCUGGCGGCCUCGAUACCUCCACGAUCCUGAAAUGGCUCAUCGACAAAGAGGAGGGCUAUGAAGUCGUGUGCUUCCUCGCCAAUGUUGGCCAGGAAGAGCCCUGGGACGAGGUCGAGAAGAAGGCGCUCAAGAUUGGUGCGAAGAAGAUGGUCAUCCUCGACCUACAGAAGGAAUUCGUUGAGGAGCUCUGCUUCCGCGCUGUCCAAUGCAAUGCCUCAUACGAAGGCCGCUACCUGCUCGGCACCUCGCUGGCCCGCCCAGUCAUCGCCCGCGCACAAAUCCGCGUUGCGCAACAAGAAGGCUGCGGGUUCGUCUCGCACGGCUGCACAGGCAAGGGCAACGACCAAGUCCGCUUCGAGCUGGCUUUCUACACACUCCAGCCUACCAUCAAGGUCAUUGCACCAUGGAGGUUGCCCGAAUUCUGUGACCGCUUCAAGGGCAGGCAAGAUCUCCUCGACUAUGCUGAGAAGCAUGGUAUUCCCGUCACUUCCACUAAGGCGAAGCCCUGGUCUAUGGAUGCCAACUUGGCUCACUGCAGCUAUGAAGCUGGUAUCCUCGAGGACCCCGACGUGUCUCCUCCCGACGACAUGUGGACUAUGACCGACUCCCCGCUCAACGCUCCCAACGAACCCACCGACAUCACCGUCUACUUCGAGAAGGGUAUUCCCGUCAAGGUCGUUACCCCAGAAAAGACUUACACCGACUCUGUCGAGCUCUUCGUUGCGCUCAACAAGCUUGGUUUCACUCACGGCAUCGGUCGCAUCGACAUUGUCGAGAACCGUUUCAUCGGUCUCAAAUCCCGCGGCUGCUACGACUCUCCCGCCAUGACCAUCCUCCGGCUCGCCCAUCUUGAUCUCGAGGGUCUCGUUAUGGACGCACAAGUGCGCAACCUGCGCGACCAGUUUGUCUCGCACAACUGGAGCUACCAGCUCUACAACGGCAUGUACUUCUCUCCCGAACGCGAGUUCAUCGAGAACAGUCUGUUGUUCUCCCAGCGCAGGGUCAACGGCGAGGUCAGGAUGAAGCUGUACAAGGGCAAUGCGUACGUCCUGGGCAGGUCCAGCCAGACUGAGAAGCUGUACUCCGAGGAGGAGGCGUCCAUGGACACUUUGGACAACUUCAGCCCAAUGGAUACUACUGGCUUUAUUGCCAUCCAGAGCAUUCGUCUCAAGAAGUACGGUCUCCAAAAGGCUGAGGAGGGCGAGAACAUGUCGAGGGCUUAG